AUGCACUGUAAAAUCAAAAAAGCGUUGACUUUUUUCAUAUACAUAACAUUUCAUAAAAUUGUCAUUAUUUUUGGUAUAAUAAAUACAUUAUUAUUAUCAUGGAUAUUAUUUAACAAUUGGGAUUUAGUGACAUUACAAAUAAAUAAUAGUGAACUUAACAAGAUGACAAAUUUAUCAUUAAAUCAACCAACAAAUUUAUAUGUUUAUAUUGUGGAAGAACAUCAUGAAGUCAUUCCUUAUUGGUUUACUGCUGCUAAAUCUUUCGGUAAUAAAAAAGCUGUUUUGAUUCAUAUUGAUGCACACAGUGAUUUGGAUUAUCCAGAAUUAGUGGAUGGAUUUCCAAUUGGUCAUUUUCCGUAUUCAACUAAAGAAAUGGAAACAUUAAUGCAAGCCAAUGAUGAGUUUAUUCAAAGUGCAAUUAUAACUAAUCUUAUUCAGAGUGUGUAUAUUAUUUAUCCAUAUUGGACAUUUAACGCCAGUUAUGCUUAUACAUCCAGUUUAGGUAUAACAACAAUUAAUGGUACAAAACAACUUUGUAUGUGCCUUGAUAUAAAUGAUACAUUUGUAGAAGAAAAUUGUAAAACACGAAAACAAGACAAUAGUUUAAAUGAUUCUAUAUUAUCAUCAGAUAAAUGUCCGAAAUCAUGGAUAUAUCAUUAUGCUGAAUUGAAUUCACUUACAGCUGCAAAUAUAUUACGUCAUUCGAAAAAUUGGUCAAUAAAAAAGCUUUUGAAUGCAACUAAUUUGAAAUCAAGAAUAAAUUCUUCAUUCAUAACAUUUUCGCAUCAAAACAAGCAAACAGAUUAUCAUUUACCAUUAAUACUUGAUAUUGAUGAAGAUUUUUUCGGUGUACAUCUUGUUACACGUAGCCUUUUAAAAUCUGGAUUAAGUUAUGAUUUUAUUAAAACAAUAAAUUUAAUUAUUUCAUCUACUUUUUGUCCAGUAUAUUAUGUGAAUGAAACAGAAAUUGAUCAAAUUUUCCGUUGGUUACUUGAAUAUGUUUACUUUGAUGUAUAUUCUGGAAAUCAUCGUAGAUCAACAGUUCAAAAUGAUGAAUUGACUAUAAUGUUAAAGAAUCUUAACAAAAAUCUUCAAAUUACCGAUAUAUUUUGUCAUAAUUAUACAUUAAACUUACAAAGAUUAAAUGAAUUAUUUAUGAACAGUUCAAUUACAUACAAUCAGUUCAAUGCAUUAACACGUGUUGGAGUUUGUUUUACCAGUUCAUUAGUAACUUAUCAAUAUAUGCCAGAAAUACAUUUAUGCUUGGGACAUAAUAUGCCUAAUGCAUCAUUAGUUGAAGAAUUUCUACCAACAUCAAAUGAUUUAUUGAAAUUAAUGGUACAAUUUACACAAGUUUUAUUAUCAAUUCCUUAUCCACCUAAUAUAAUCAGUAUAGCUCGUUCAUCACGUGAUGGUUAUACACCAAGAUGGCUACAGUAUGAUAUUGAAACAAUGCUACUGAAUAUAUUAAAAAGGGUAUUUACUUUAACUGAAAAUAAUAUUAUUUAUACAAGCCAUUUAGCUGGUAAUAAACAACAAGGUUGGUAUCAUCGAUUUACAUGA